UUCCUGACUGAGGAGCUUCGGAUUCGGAAGCAGGCUGCUGCUCCACUCGCAGCCAGGUCGCUGUAGUAACGCGUGGGAAGUGGAGGCGACCAGCAACACGGAGAGAGCUAAAUAUAAAAACACACACGCACUAAAACCCCACGCAAGCUUCACUUUUGGGCGGCAAAGAGCUGCCGGAGGCUUAUUUUCACCAACUUGACGUCGUGUGGAAUUGGACACACCUGAGAAGGAACUUUUUAUAUAUAAUUUUGUCUAUUGUUGAUAUUUUUCCCUCAACGCUUUUGAAAUUGUUGGAUAUUCUGAGGAUUUACAUUUUUGUUUGUCUUCGUCGAGGAGCUCUGUGAAGCUUCUAGCAGCUUCUCGGUGGCCACCUGACCCUUGAGACAACGAGACGGCGGCUAAUGUCGCUAAGCUAAAUAUAUGACGAAGCUGUACGGACGCGAAGCUAAAAAAAAUACGACUAAGCUGUAUAAUGACUGUAUGUACACGACGUUUGCUAUUACGGUAAAAACGCGCCGUUUAGUUCUUGCUAAUUUGCGUCUUACUUGUUGAACUUGCGACCAAGUCUGGUCAAUAACGAUGCCGAGCGCGGGUCUUAAUCCCUAGACUGCCCCCCCCUGCUUCCGACCUCCGCGCCGUGGUGUCUCCGUCACACUGGCCGGCAUGAGCGCCGCGGACCCGGAGCGCGCGUCGCUCAGCUCCUCGGCCAACUCGGUGGCCUCCAGCGCGCGGACGCUGUCGGCCAACGUGCGGAAGCUCCACAACGCGCUCAACCUGCUGCUCAACGACUUCGAGAGGGAGCAGUUCAUCCACUGCCUCAAUGUCUACCACUCCAAGCGCAACGUCUACGACCUGGUGCAGACCCUCCACGUCAUCCUCAACGCGCCUAGCAAGCGGCAACUUCUCCCCAUGCUGCGGCUCGUCAUCCCCCGGUCCGAUCAGCUCCUCUUCGAGCAGUACACCUCGGAGGGUCUUUACCUCAAGUCCGAGAGCAGGAGCGCGGGCCUCCCCGGCUCCAGCCCGACUCCCUCGGCGCAGGAGAACCCGGCCGAGUUCCAGGUGGCGCUCCGCGGCUCGCCGGACAGCUUCAGCACCAGCAGCGACGGGACAGCGCCGCUGGUGCCGCUCCUCGGUCGGAACUUCAUCCACGAGUCCGUGGGGGAGCCGCGGCAGAUCAACAUGAAGCGGCAUAAGAGCAACGAGGGCCUGGGCUUCAGCAUCCGCGGCGGCUCGGAGCACGGGGUGGGCAUCUACGUGUCACUGGUGGAACCGGGCAGCCUGGCGGAGAAGGAGGGUCUCCGGGUCGGCGACCAGAUCAUGAAAGUCAACGACAAAGUCUUCGACAAAGUCUCUCACGCGGAAGCAGUUAAGGUGCUGAAGGGCAGUAAAAAGCUUUGCCUCUCUGUUCGCUCUGUGGGGCGGAUUCCAGGUGGCUACGUCACCAACCAUGUUUAUACCUGGGUGGACCCUCUUGGCCACAGCGUGUCUCCCCCACCUGACCUACCUGAGCAUCACAAUGCCACCCUCAGAAGAAUCGACAGCCAGCGACGCAGCAACAUGCAGCUCCUGCAGGAGGGGGACGAGAAGAAGGUCAACCUGGUUCUGGAUGAUGGCCGGUCUCUUGGUCUUAUGAUUCGAGGUGGAGCAGAAUACACUUUGGGUAUUUACAUCACAGGAGUGGACCAAGGCUCAGCAGCACAGUGUGGAGGACUCAAGUCUUGCCCCUCCGCCACUCCUUUCUGUUGCUUGCCACACCCACAGGUCGGCGAUCAAAUCCUGGAAGUGAACGGUCAAAGCUUCCUAAACAUCCCUCACGAUGAAGCCGUCAGAGUGCUGAAGUCAUCGCAACACCUGAUGAUGACGGUGAAAGACGUGGGCCGCCUGCCUCACGCCAGGACGGUCAUUGGUGAAACUAAGUGGAUCGCGAGCUCCCAGAUUGCAGAAAGCUCAGCAAACAGCAGCAUGGCAAGCUUUGCCAUGGACCAAGGAGCCUUGGAAGCUGGAAAGCCUGUGUUUUACAAGGGUGUUGCUGGAUCACAAGUCAGCUUGUCCAGUCUGGUGAACCAAUCCAGGGCCAUGUUAGAGGAGCAAGCACGCCACCUUCUGACCGAGUCGGAGAGACAAACCAUGUACUACUACAUGGAAGAGUACCGGGAUGGACACAUUGGCGUGGAGCAGCUGGUCAUGGCGCUGUUUGAACUACUCAACACACAUGCAAAGUUCUCUCUACUGUCGGAGGUGCGAGGCCUGGUUACGCCACAGGACCUGGAGCAUUUUGACGGCCUGGUGUUACAACGCGAGAUUCAGGCUCUGAAGGCCAGACAGGGCACGGCUGGAGCAACCGCACUCCAUGCAGACUCGCUGUCCAUGGUGUCGUACCCUGACACGCUGACAUCGUCCUUGGCCAGCUUCAUGACAAACACCACCCUCAGCUCUGCUCGGGAGAGGCUGCUGUGGCUGAUAGAUAUGAUGGAGAACGACAGCGCGGUGGAUACCAAUCAGCAGGAUCCUUCGGAGGGUAUGAACUCGCUGCUGGCUGACAUCUCUCUGGAUGAUGUACAGUCGACCACAGCUGACUCUCCCCCCUCCUUCAAGCCUCCGCCCCCAUCAAGGGUAAAGAGGCGCCCAAGUCGAAGAGACCAGCUCAACAAAUCGUCUGAAUCCACCCAAUCAGGCUUGUACUUUACAAACCCCGCACACCCUAACCACAGCAAAAAGACAUGUCAGAGCCCUUCCUUGCCAUCAGUACGUUAUAAACAAGAUCUUCCACGGGAACCUUGCCAGGACUAUGCAGCCAUCCGGAGAAAAGAACUGUUAGCUCCAUCCAAGACGGAACCAAAAGCUCACUUGGUUUCCCCACACACCAUUGGUCCUUUCCCCCGCGUGCAGUCCCCUAGUAGAGGUGCCAACCUAUCUGCCGCCUCAUCCUCACCACCACCACCACCUCCACCCCCGCUACCCGCACCUCCUCCGCCGCCCGCUAAGCCCGUUAGCGUGUCCAAAUCCUCCUCUCCGGGCUCUAAGCAGCAAUUUGUUACAGUGGAGGUUCACAGGCCCAAUGCAGAGCCCGACGUCAAUGAGGUGCGGCCCCUGCCCCAAGCUCGAGGUGGCGCCCUGUCUCAGCUGUCAGACAAUGGUCAGACUCUCAGUGAGGACAGCGGCGUGGACAUAGCCGAGUCAGGACACGUCAGCAAAGACACCAGCCCCCAUCCCUCAUGCACACGCCACCUUCCAGAUGCCCAAAGGAGUGGGGGGGGUACCUCCGCCAAACCGCCAGGACUGUUGGAGCCCACCUCCACGCUUGUGAGGGUGGCAAAAAGUGCAAAUACGCUGGGCAUCGCCAUUGAAGGAGGAGCCAACACUCGGCAGCCGUUGCCAAGGAUCGUCACAAUACAGCGCGGAGGCUCGGCUCACAACUGCGGUCAGCUGAAGGUGGGCCAGGUGAUCCUGGAGGUGAACGGGGUCUCUCUGAGAGGUCGCGAGCACAAGGACGCCGCGCGCGUCAUCGCCGAGGCCUUCAAGACCAAAGAGAGGGAUUACGUGGACUUCCUGGUGACGGAGUUCAACGUGGCGCUAUAGCCGAGCGGGAGAGGAGAGAGACCAGGAUGGAUUAUUUUUCAACAGCACAACUUAACGACCCCUCCGCCAGAUCCUGACCGCAUUCCUUCAGCCAUGAACGUGUUGACCUUUCUUUUCAACAUGUUACCUCCCUGCUGUGACACCUUAUGCACUAAGUAGGAACUAGCAAAGUCGGUAUAAUCUAUAUUUUGCUCUCUUUUCAACAAAUGCAGUUGUCCGGGAUACGCAGACCAAGUAUUAUAUUUACUGUACAUGUGAUGAAUAUAGAGAAACUGUACAAAUUAGAAGACCCGGAUACAAUCAAUGUUGUAUCAACAAAUAUAUUUACACGGAAAUAUAAAUAUAUGACGAGAGCA